AUGGGAGCGUUUCUCCCAGUCAGAGGCCUCCUCACGAUUGCAGCGGACAGUUUUGGUAAUUAUUUGGCGACAUCGCUGGCGGUAGUGUUUGCGUGCGGAGUGUUGGUGCAGCCCAGCACUGCGGCUUUCAUCGUGGGUCUCGUCAUCCGCCCCGAAGCUCCUAAGAGAGGCAUUGCGAAGAGUAAAAAGGCCGCCGGGUGCAAAUGGAUAGCAACGUCGUCGGAAAAGGACCGCUCUCAGGACCUACGAUGA